GCGCGCUCCCGCUCGGCUCUGAAUGGGGGCUCGGUCCAGCCGGUGACAGCUCGUCCAGUCCGUCUGAUCCACGGUCCGCCGCUCCGACACCACCGGCCGUCCUCGGGCCCCGCUCCUCCGGUUCUGCACAGGUAUUCAGGAAUGAGAAAUGAUGGCCGGCUCUGCAGCAGAGGAGAAAACCUUCCGCCGGUUCCUGGAGCUGUUUGUCCGGGAGAUGAGGCUGCCUCUGCAGGAGGGCGACCCGGUGCCGAUGCGCCCCUUGUCGGACCUGGUGACGGAGGACGAGGUGGAGGGGGAAUGCCUGGACCUGUGCCUGCAGCACCUCUACAAAUAUAACUGCCCCUGCUCGCUGGCAGCCGCUCUGGCCCGCGCCACCGCAGACAGCCUGCUCCAGUCCGAUCUGUCCAUCCAGAACCUCAACAAGGCCGUAGAAGACGGCGCCGACCCGUUGCCACAGAUGGAGUCGGUGAAGAUGGCGCGGUUGGUUUUUAACAGACUGUUUGAGAUUUGCUGCCUGUGGCAGAAGGAGCUGCCGUUCCGCCGCCGCCCGCAGCCGUACUACGAAACGUCCAUCCACGCCAUCAAGAACAUGAGGCGCAAGAUGGAGGACAAGCACGUCAUCAUCCCCGACUUCAACACACUCUUCAACAUUCAGGAUCAAGAGGAACAGGCGUUCUUUGCUGUGUUUGACGGACACGGCGGCGUGGAUGCAGCUAUUUAUGCCGCCAACCACCUUCAUGUCAACCUGUUCCACCAGGAAUCCUUCAGCCAGGAUCCCAGCGACGCUCUGUGCCGCGCCUUCAAGCUGACUGACGAGCGCUUUGUGAAGAAAGCCUCACGAGAGCACCUGCGCUGUGGAACCACUGGGGUGGUGACUUUCCUGCGAGGCCGGACGCUGCAUGUCGCCUGGCUGGGAGACUCCCAGGUGAUCCUGGUGCGGCGAGGGCAGGUGGUUGAGCUGAUGAAGCCACACAAACCAGACAGAGAGGACGAGAAGCAGAGGAUCGAGGCUUUGGGAGGAUGUGUGAUUUGGUUUGGCACAUGGAGGGUCAACGGGAGUCUGUCUGUAUCCAGAGCAAUAGGCGACUCGGAGCACAAGCCGUACAUCUGUGGGGACGCCGACCACGGCAUCUUCCCAUUGGACGGCUCAGAGGACUACCUGAUCCUGGCCUGCGACGGGUUCUGGGACACGGUGAGUCCCGACGAGGCAGUGCGCGUCGUCAGCGACCAUCUGCAGGAGAACGCCGGCGACACCACCAUGGUGGCCCACAAGCUGGUGGCCUCCGCCCGAGACGCAGGCUCCAGCGACAACAUAACUGUCAUAGUGGUGUUCCUGCGCGACCCGCGCUCCCCGCCGCCCGCCAGCACGGAGGACGAAGAGGAGGGCGGGGCGGAGGAGCCGGUGGAGGAGGAGGAGGUCACCGAGGUGGAGGAGGAGGAGCAGGAAGAAGAGGAGGAAGAAGAUGAAGCAAUGAGAGUAGAGCGAGACGGAGGCGAGGGAGGCAGCGCCGCAGACGUGGGAGGAAAAAGCCGCGGCGGCUGGCCUCUGCAGCAGUGCUCGGCUCCAGCGGACCUCGCCUACGAAGACCGGACGGACUCAUUAACGGACAGAACCAGCCUCAGCUUGCUGGGGCCGUCGCUGGAGAGCCACAUCAGCCCCAGCAGCUACCGGGGAGCGCGCCCCCUGAGACGCAGGCCGCGCUUCCCGUUCCAGCAGCCCGGCGCCGCCGGCUUCACGGACCCACUGUGGCCCCAAACGGCCGCGCUUUUAGGCCAAGCCUCCAGGCGAAGCCGCGUCAGCCGCCGAUCGGGUCGUAGGUGGCCGAGCAGAUCCAAAGAGCUGCUGGGUCUGAUACCGUCGGGCCACACGCAGAGUUCCGCCCCCAGGAGGCCUGGAGUGGCAGUGCCUCACCGACCCUAUGAUGCCACCAUCUGAAGGGAGGCCGCGCCCUCUGCUGACCCCAAGUGGCGUUUCUGAGUGACGCCGUCUCUCAAGAGCAAACUCUGAUUGGCCAGAUCCCACUGCAGAAAUGUGUCCAAAAUUAUCAUCAUUAUUAAAGUUGAGCAACAAAAUAAGAAGCUGAGGGUUCAACUUUUUCAGAAUAAGUUAAAAUUUUUGAGUGAUGUAUUUAAAAUUGUUUUGUUUUGAACUAUUUUUCUUAGUGUUACAUUAUUUCAGGAACUAAAACGGUUUUUGUUUUAAAGUAUCAACAUUCAUCCCUACCUACUUAUAAACGCCUGAAAAAUGGCUCCUGUUUGCUACUAAAACAGAAGCUCUUAUUUUGAAAUGUAAGCAGACUUUCUCUGUUAAGAGAAGGCACUAUGUAGACGCAACUAACGGCGCUAAUGCUAACACAAAAUGUCCGCCGUUAUCCCAUCAAAGUGCUUAAACUGUAACUAAUCCCAAAGUCUUUUCUGGGUUACAACAGCAAGCCUGCGUAACUAAGAAAAUAAAGGACAGUUUGAUGCCAAAGACGUCAGCUAGCAACAUUUAAAAAGAAAAUCUAGUGACAGAUGUUAAUUUGGUCCAAUCAGGUGUGGCUCUUGAGAAACGCGUUGCUUUGGAAACGCUGCUUCACCUGCAGAGACUCCCGUCUGUCUGAAGGUUCAGCCAAACCAAACCGUUUCCGUGGUUCUUCACUUCUCCCCUUUGCCUUCAACCACAUAUUUCUUUGAUAGUAAGUAGUUGUGGCUCCUGCAGUCAUUCUGUGAUAAUCAGUGGAUGUUAGAGGACCGCUACUCUGUCCGAAACGUUUCUCACUGUAAGCUGAACACUAACCUGCUGCCGCUUUAGACCCAAACAUCCUCUCUGUGACCUCUGACCAGCCGGUAUGAAGCCAGAGCUCCAAAUGCUGGACAGUCGGAUGUUUUCACAGGUUGAAUGUAACGUAAAUGUUUUAAAAAAGCCACUGUAGUUCUACCUGCAUGUGGAGCAGAGCGGUUACUGCAGACAACACAAAUAAAGUCGGAGCUGUCUCACUUCAGGAAAAAGAAACAGAAAUUUCAAGUAAAUUGUGAAAUCAGUCUCCUGGACUCCAACACCUGAUAUUAGUUUAGUUAGAGUUUAGUUCUGUUUUGGGCUGUGAACGCCUCAAGUGAUUAGAAAUAUUAACUUCCAUUCAUUUAUUUCUGUGCCUCUGUAGAGAGAAGUUAUUUCCUGAACUUCUCUCUCACAGCAGCUCAUGUUAACUCAUUUUGUUCGGCAUUCAGUAAUGUAAUAAUUUAGUGUAUCUCACCAUACUCGUACGUUUUUAAAGACUUGGAUAUUGUAACCAUGGCGACGGCUUUUUCAUUGUAGACACUUUCACAAAAACACAACAAAUCCAGGAAGUAUUCGCAUCUCUACGUGUUGCAGGGAGAAACUUUCCUCGGUCCAAGAAAUCUUCCUCAUUUUAGCAAGAUGAAAAAACCCAAACCCUCAUUAAAACCAAAAUCUGUUCUCUUAAAUAAAGAAAGUUGUUGCAGUAAAACAGUGAAAA